AUGACGGCUUCUCACACCAUACAGCAACACCACCGCCAGUGCCGCGGAGCUCAGGAAGCUCCAGCUGUACACCUGCAAACUCAUUAUCUUAUUCCCCAUCUACAUCUACAUUUAUAUUUCCCAUCCCCCCCUUUCAAGUUACCCUCAUAUCCAAGAACCCCCCAGCUAACACCCCCCCUCCCCCCAGUCAAAGAAACCCCUCAGGUGAUCCGCACCCUCUGCUCCGGCACGCCCGCGCAGCAGCUCGCGGCCCUCGACGCGAACUUCACGCACGACGCCUCCUUCCGGCACACCGUCUGCCGCGUUCCGAGCUUUGGGGACGUGAAUGUGCCGCUGCUGGGCGCAGUGAACUCGAGAUGGGUGAUUGGGUGUGUUUAUAGGUGGUAUAAGCUGUUGAGCCCGAGGAUUGAGGUUGAGAUUGAGAGUGUUGUUCCCGACCAAAAAACCCAGCGCCUAUACGUCUCAAUGGCGCAAACCUUCUCCCUCUUCAUCAUCCCCUUCUAAGUGCCCCUAAUCAGCGUCCUGCGCCUCGUCAAAGAGGAGGAUGACCGCUUCUAUAUCAGCGCCCAGGAGGACUACUACGAGCCAGAGGACUUUGUAAUGUUCUUUGGAGCGCACUGGCUGCUGCAGAUUUUCCAGUGGUUCACUGUGGCGAUCUGCGUGCUCUGUACAUUGUUGCUGGCGCCGCUGCUGAAGAUGGCGCAGAAGAUUGUGGGGUUCAAGAUGGAUUGAGGUAGGAAGAGGGAGGAUGAGAAGGGGGGCUUUAAUGGAUUAUGGACAGUUUGAGGCGAGGGAAGGGAGGAAAACUUGGACAAAUAAGGAGACCUGGGACGAUAUAUAUGCGUUAUUAUAGAGCCGAAUAAAAAUAUUAGAUCAACUAGCGUUUUUAAUAACUGAAAAUCCUGUGAAAGUUAAACAAUCACUGGAAACUUCGGAAAUUAUAGUCACGUGAUAUAUCGUAUAUAAGAAUCAGGAAUAAACAUAUCGCCACAUAAAUCAAUAGUGGGUGAGAUUAAAAAUAGAAUUCAAGAAUUCUCGUCAUUCCCUCGCUGGAUAAUAUUGGCCUUGUAGGAAAAUUGAGAAAGUGAAGCAGCAGUAGUAAUUAUAACACAUAAACGUCUAUAACGGGGAAUGUACGAGUUGUGUUUUGAAGGAUCGAAAUGAUACGUUGUUGAUUGGUUUCGAAACCCCAGCAGUCCCGCUACCACACAGUCGUCGUCACUUGUCCCCACCGGCGACGACGGUCUAUCGCGAUCG